UGCGCAUGCGUCCUUGCGCCAUAGCGACAUGAAAGGUUUUCAGUAGCAACCGUCACUCUGAACGGAAUAAAGUGUUUUUUAAAGUUUCAGGCUGAAACAUGUCCUACGUCCUCGAUGAGACAGCUACAGACCUCCCAGUCAGAGACAUGACUGUCAACCUAUCCCGACUAGCUGAUGCUCCACAAGAUCUGUCCGUGCAUCAGCACGCUCGGGAGCGGCAGAACGUCGGGAAGUUGUCCAGGGAGGAGCUGGAGGACCGAUUCCUGCGUGUCCAUGAGGAGACGCUGCAGCUCAAACAGCACGCCCACAAGCAGGAUGAAAAGAUUAAGAAGUUGGGCACAAAGCUGAUGAAGCUGGUGAAGGACCGUGGGCGGAUGCAGCAGCUGGCUGCAGGUGUAGCACAGCCUGUCUCACGGUUUCGAGAUGUGGAGAUGGAGGAGAUGGUGGAAGGACUCCAGGAGAAAGUCAGAGGGCUGCAGGCUGAGAACGAGAGGCUGAAACAGCGCCUCCUUGUGGCCAAACAGCAGAUCCUCAACUCGCAGAGCCGGAGGCAGCCGCAGUAUGAGCAUGUGCAGCCCCGGGUGAACUCUGGCCUAAAGAAGCACAGAGAUGAUUCUUCAUCUCCGUCGCCGACACGUCAGAGAAGUAUGAGGAGUUUAGAAGGAGGUGGGAGACCUCCGACUGGCCAGUUGCCUCGUUACGGACACAGCCUGCUGGAGGAGGCCAGGGCUGAGAUCCGCAACCUCGAGAACGUGGUGGAGUCUCAGCAGAGUCGCGUGGAGGAGCUGGAAGGUGUGUCCGAGCAGCUGAGGGAGGAGCUGAGGAGGAAGGAGGAGGAGUUCGAAGAGAAGCUCCUGCAGGCCCGACAGCAGCAAACCUCCACUCUCAGGUCGCACGUCAGUAGCAACACGUCAAUGAUCAAACUGCAGAAGCAGCUGGCCGAAAGAUCCAACACAGUGACAGAGCUGGAGGGUCGAUAUCGGCUGCUGCAGGAGGCCCAGCGGACGCUGAAGGCGAGUAACGACGCAGCGAUGGUGAAGUUGGGCGAGCUGACGGCUCAGCUGAAAGACGAGAGGACGAAGAACCUGGAGCUGGACAGAAAGCUGCGGACCGUGGACGUCACCAAGAUCCAGGUGGAGCAGCUACAGGAGCGUGUCAGUGACCUGGAGCAGGAGAGGGACCUGCUGAAGGAGAGUAACGAGAAACUAAUGAACAGCGCCUUCGAUGGUUCCCUGCAGCAGAAGUGGCAGCUCCAGGAGCAGCAGCUGAAGUUACAGAUCGCUCAGCUGGAGACGGCGCUGAAGGCCGACCUCAUGGACAAAAACGAAAUCCUGGACAAGAUCAAGUGGGAAAGAGAGAAAUAUGAGCGGCUGACAGAAGAAAACCAAAAGCUUCAGAUUCAGUUUCUGGAGCAGAAGCAACAAGUGGAGGAACUGAAUGAAAUGCUGAAGUUCUACGGCAGAGAGAAGGAAUACGGCCCGGCUGAACUCACAGAGGCCCUGCUGCUCAUCAAAAGGCGCAAGUCUCAGAAAAGCGGAGACCUGAGCUUCCUGGUGCCGGUGGAUGAGGACGGGAGCGGCGGCACGGAGAGCUCCGUCAAGGAGCUGCGAGCUGCUCAUGCCGAAACCAUCCAGGAGCUGGAGAAGACCAGGAACCUCCUGAACAUGGAGAGCCGGAUCAGCAAAGACUACAAGGCGGAGCUGGAGGCGGCUUUACGGAAGAUGAGCAGCGAUAAAGUUGAGUUUGAGCAGAAGCUGGAGCGCCAGGCCCAGCUGCUGGAUGCCAGAGCCGCAAAGAUCACCAAGCUGGAAGGUCAGCUCAGGGACAUCGCUUACGGCACCAAGCCCUACGUCUUCAAGCCGGACCUGACGGGUGAAGAUGAGGCGGAGCUCCCUGAUGAAGCCGUCGAUCUGCAGCGUGGAGAAAACCUCCUGGAGCUGCAGAUAGUCGGAGCCACGCUGUCUCCUACUUCCCUGCAGGUUCUCGGUGAUGGGGAGCCCUCCACCUUCUGCACCUACGCCUUUUACCUGUUCGACACGCACUCCACCCCGGUGGCCACAGGCCGCAGUCCCACAUACGGUUUCACCUCAAAGUACGUGGUCAGCAUGGACGAACACUUCAUGGACUACCUGCACAGGAGCCCGGUCACGGUGGAGCUGCAUCAGGCGCUGGGGGUGGACUGGAGGACGCUGGCGACGGGUCAGCUGCGGCUGCAGCAGCUGCUGGACCGGGAAGGGAAGGUUUACGGCACUAUCCCGCUGGUCGGAAGCCACGAAGAGGCCCGGAGCUUCGGAUCCCUGGAUUACUGGCUCCGACUGAGGAUUCCCAUGACGGAGACGUUGAGAUUGUACCGUGAGAAGCUGAAGGCAGUCGGCUACAUCCAAACGGCUCUCAGUGAAAGCUCACAGCCGACCAGCAGCAGCAGGAACGAGCUCGUCAUCACCGUCCGGCGCUGCAGAGACCUUCAGUCUAGGAGCUCCCAGCAGCCAAGUCCCUACGUCGUCUACAAGUUCUUUGACUUCCCCGAUUAUCCCACGGCCACCGUGGACGACCGCAACGACCCAGAGUUCAACGACCUGAAAUCCUACCCCAUCCUGAUGGACGAAGAGCUGGACCGCUACCUGCUGACCGAAGAGCUUCAGUUCUACGUGUUCGACUACAAAGAGGAGCAGAUGGACACAUACCUGGGGAAGGCCAGAGUGCCGCUGCUCUCGCUGACCCGAGAUCCAGAGGUUUCAGGCGUCUUUGAGCUUGCUGAUCCCUCGGGAAGACCCGCUGGCUGCCUAGAGGUGACGUUGAGCUGGAAGUUCGCCUACUGUCGCUCAGCAGCGGUCGGCGCGGCUGCAGAAGGGCCCGGAUUGUUCUCAGAGCAUCAUGUUGGAGAGCUGGUCGAUCCUAUUCAGGAACCAGCGAAUGCUGAGGCAGAGAAGACCGACCGACGGCUGGAGAAUGUUGAAGAGAUGCUGCAGGAGGAGAUGGAAAAGCUCAGGAACCAUAAAGCUGAAGCCCCUGCUGUUUCUAAAGUGGCACUGCCCAGAAUCAGAGGACAAAAGGCACAAGAGAAGGACGGAGCAGGGGCCAAACGGGUCACGUUUGUGGACACGACCCCUGCAGAAGACAAGGAGCGCAGCUCAGCAGAGAUUCUCCCAGAGAAACAGAAGGCGACGUUUGCACCUGAUGUCCAGGCGGCAUCCAAAGCUCUUCAGAGCACAGCAGAAGAGGGUGACGACGAUGAUGAAGAGGAGGAGUCUCAUGUUUCUGAAGGGCAGCUGGUUCAGGGGGCUCAUUCCUACUCAGACGACUCUGACAUCUCAGAGGAAAUCAUUGAAGAUGUGGAGGAAGCUCCGGCAUCUGCGGACCCUCAGAGAGAGUCCACACAGUCAGACAGCGAUGACUGCAUCGUUCAGGGACAGUCCACGGGGAGAAAGCUUUCCGAGCGAGUCCGGGUGGAGGUGGUCUCUCUGAGCCUGACGCCGCAGUCCCGGCUGGCGCUGGACGACAGUGUGGUUCGCCUGUUUGUGGAGUACAACUUCCUGGAUCUUCCCACCGAGGAGACCCCUCUGUCUCUACCCAAACCCCCCCAGGGCCGGCUCAUCAACUUCAACUACAGCAAAGUGAUUCCUGUGGAUUCAGAGAACAACGGAGCGAGGCGACGACUGCUGAGGGAAGUCCUGCAGGGACGAAACCCUCAGAUGGAGAGGAUCCGGUUCACAGUGGUGAGCGAGCCGCCAGAGGAAGAGGAGCAGGAGAGGGAGUGUGAGGAUGUGGGCGUGGCCUACCUGAGCAUCCCUGAGAUCCUGGAGAAGCAGGAGGACGUGACGGAGGCCAGCCUGAGCGUGCUGGACGUGGAGGACAGCAGCGAGGUGGUGGCCCGGCUGACCGUGUCCAUGGAGGGACUCGAGGCCCUGCGAGCCAUCAUGGAGGACCAGGACGUGGAGUGAAGCUGCUGCUGCUUUCAUCUGGAUGAGCUCCAAGAGUCCAAGCUUGAUCUCAGGAGGAUUCUUGAUGCCUUCAAUGGUCUGUUGGCUCCUUUUAUGCCCCAGCUGUGAAGCGGUAUCAGGUUAAAGCAUGCAGGUUUGACUCUGUCACGGCUCUGAAGGUCCAAACUGAAACAUCCUCCGUCCGCACCAGAAGAAACAUUAAACUGCCCAGCUGGAACCAACCAAGGUGCUGUUGCAGGAUUUUUUCCUUCAGCCUCAGAUUGAAAACUGGGAAUCAGUCGGUAGAUUUGGCUCCAGAACUGGGACGACACGACCCGUCAGCAGCUAUCUGUAAAUAAAAUCAUUAAUUUAUUAGCACUUCAUAAACAAAAUCUCUGAGCCAUUUUUGCGUCUCUGAUCAGAUCGGUCACUGCCAGCCAGAAGGAAACAGGACGGCUCGUCUCAGAGGGAGAACAUCAUGGUGUUCUCCAUGUUUUGGGUGUUGCAUCUUCCUGCAGAGUGUGAACUCUUUGGACUGUUUGUCUGUAGAAGCUGCACUGGAAGCCGUUAUUCUGCAGGUCCGUUGGAGCUGUCGCUCUGACCUCCAUGCCGGCGGAUCAUCUGAGCUGUAGUUCAUCCUCAGGUGGAUCCUCCUGCCUCUCUGACAGGUGAGAAACACCUGAAUGUUUCCCUUCAAACCAUGAGAAACAAGCAAAUCAGGUGGUUCAGCCCUGCUGUCAGGAUCGAAAACCAACGUCUGUUUUGUGCCUUAAAUUAUUUUACUGUGCAGUUUUAAAUGAACUUCUAAUAAAACUUGUUUCUUCAGAG